UUGUGAGGGUUUGGCCCGCUUGGGAUCAUCUACUUGUCCUCUGUUCUCAACGUCAUCUUCUUCAAUUUCUUCUACUUCCUACAGUUUCUCCCGCCCUUUCGUACUCUGCUUAACUCCUCUAUCAAUGGAGAAUCAUCUUCCUCCCAAGGAUGAGACUUAUCUCUCAUCAGUCAUCUCCAAACGUAUCAGGCUCUUCGAGCAAAUCCAAGCCGAGCAGCUUCAAUCUCUUCCACACGAUCCGAUCAAGAUUACUCUUCUCCCAGACGGUAUCGUGAAAGAAGGUAACAGAUGGGAGACCACUCCCAUGGACAUCGCAGGGCAGAUUUCUAGGGUUUUGGCAGAAUCUGCCCUCGUUUCCUCGGUUAAUCGUGUCCUGUGGGACAUGAAUAGACCCCUUGAAGGUGAUUGUUCCCUCGAGAUUUUCCGAUUUGACAGCGACCAAGGCCGUGAUACUUUCUGGCAUUCUAGUGCUCACCUUCUCGGCCAGGCUCUCAAGCAGGAGUUUGGGUGCAAGCUUUGCCUCGGUCCCUGCGAAACUAGAGGCAACAUCGAAGCACGUGUUGCCAAAGCUGUUCGGGAAAGACAACCAUUUGAAAGGAUUGAAGUGACCAAGGAUCAGGCACUUAAGAUGUUCUCUGAUAAUAAGUUUAAGGUUAAAAUCAUCAAUGGCGACUUGGCUAAGAAAGAAAAAUUUACAGUCUACAGAUGUGGCCCUUUGGUUGAUUUGUGUCCUGGACCACAUAUACCAAAUACUUCCCUUGUGAAAGCUUUCAAGUGUUUGAAGGCGUCACCAGCUUACCGGAAAGGUCACAGAAAAAGAAAAAGCUUGGAGAGAGUGUAUGGGAUAUCUUAUCCUGAUGAUGAGCAACUCAAGGACUUUCUUAUUUCACAGGAGCUUUUCUUUUCUCACCCAUUCAGUACUGGAAGUUUUUUCUUCCUCCCACUUGGCGCUCGCGUAUAUGACAAGUUGGUGAAAUUCAUCAAGGCAGAAUAUUGUAAAAGGGGUUACACUGAGGUCAUAUCACCAAAUGUGUACAACAUGAAACUCUGGGAAACAUCAGGACUUGCUGAAAACGACAAGGAAAACAUGUUCACGUUCGAUAUUAACAAGCAAAAAUUCGGGCUCAAACCUAUGAAUUGCCAUGGUCACUGCUUGAUGUUCCAACACAGAUUUUGGUCAUAUAAAGAACUACCCAUUAGACUGGCUGACUUUGGUGCGUUACAUCGAAAUGAGGAAAGUAUAGCUCUUAGUGGGUUGACCCGUGUCCGCCGGUUCCAACAGGAUGAUGCACACGUAUUCUGUAGAGCGACGCAGGUUGAAGAAGAAGUGAAGGGUAUAUUGGAUUUUGUUGACUAUGUUUACACAAUAUUUGGAUUUACCUAUGAGCUAAAGCUUUCAACGCGGCCAAAGAAGUACAUUGGAGAUUUGGAAAAAUGGGACAAAGCUGAAGUAGCACUUGAAAAAGCGCUGAAAGAUUUUGGAAAACCGUUUCUUAUAAACAAAGGAGACGGUGAAAUUUAUGGUCCAAAGAUAGACAUAACAUUGUCUGAUGCAAUGAAAAGGAAUUUCCAGUGUGCUACUUUACAGCUUGAUUUUCAACUUCCUGAAUCCUUCACAUUGGAAUAUUCAUCCUCAGCUGAGGAUGAAACGAAGAGCGAGCAACCUGUGCUGAUACAUAGAGCGGUGUUGGGCUCUGUUGAGCGUAUGUUUUCCAUAUUGUUGGAACAGUGCAAAGGAAAAUGGCCCUUCUGGCUAAGUCCUCGCCAGGCCAUAGUUUGCUCUUCGUCAAAGGAUGAUCGUUCCUACGCAGACAAGGUGAGAGAUCAAAUUCACAAAGCUGGCUACUAUGUUGAUGCUGACACGACAGAUCGAAACGUCAGCGAGAAGGUGAAAGAAGCCCAAGUUGCACGGUACAACUACAUACUGGUCGUGGGUGAAGAAGACGCUAGAAGGGGACAGGUGACUGUUUGGCUUAGAGACGAAGUGAUGAGCAUUGAGGCUCUGUUGGAUGAAUUCAAGCUCAAGACCGCCAACUUUCUCUGAGACCCGAUGGUUUUAUAUAUUGUAAGGACAUGGAUUUUUUUAGUAAAA